CAGCGUGACCUCUACUGCAGUUGAAAACACUCCGGAUCCGAGGGUGAAUCAAUUGGCCGCAGGGAUGCGAGUCAUUUUAGUUUGACACCUUACUCUCAAAUUACAGCAUCCCCAAACAGGCAUAUGUCCUCGGAGCCGCUUGAUUUCCGACUCGUGGAGAAUAGUGUGACAGUCGGCGCUGAGCCUGUUCCUGCACAGCAACAUCGACAUGGGUGUGAUCAGUGUGCAACUGGUGGUUACCAUGGUAAUGGCUUGCGUGAUUCAGAAAAUUAUACCUCACUACUCCUUCGCAAGAUGGCUGCUUUGCAGUGGCAGUCUGCGUUGGUACCAGCAUCCAACAGAAGAGGAGUUGAGGAGCCUCGCUGGAAAGCACCAGAAAGGAGGGAAGAACAAAAAGGACAGGAAAUACAAUGGGCACAUAGAGAACAAGCCACUGACUGUUCCCAAAGACAUCGACCUCCAGCUGGAAACGAAAUGUAUUGCCGAAGUGGACACACUAGCUUUGCACUACUUCCCGGAGUUUCAGUGGCUGGUGGACUUCACAGUGGCAGCAACAGCAGUGUACCUCAUCACUGAGCUGUACUUCUGUGUGGCUGAGAGUAAUGGAGAGAUGAACAUCAGUGUGGUGUGGAGUUUGUUAGUGCUGGCCUUUGUCAUUAAGAUCCUCUUCUCCCUCACGGCUCACUACUUUAAGCUGGAGGAAGGCGGCGAGCGAUCCCUCUGCAUCACCUUUGGGUUCUUCUUCUUUGUCAAAGCAAUGGCCAUCCUCAUUGUCACUGAGAACUACCUUGAGUUUGGACUUGAGACGGGUUUUGCUAAUUUUUCUGAAAGUGCUGUUCAGUUUCUGACGACCCAAGGCCUGCAGUCCCAGGGCCCCAUAUCCAAACUAACCUUUAAGCUGGCUCUGGCUCUACUCUGCUCUCUGAUUGGAGCAUUCCUCACCUUCCCUGGGCUGCGAUUGGCCCAGAUGCAUCUUGAUGCCCUCACCCUAAACAACAGCAAAGUCACACAGACGUUGCUGCAUAUCAACUUCUUGGCCCCACUUAUAAUGGUGCUGUUGUGGGUGAAGCCCAUUACCAAGGAUUAUAUAAUGAAUCCCACGCUGGGGAAAGAUAGUGUGCCUUUGAUGUCAGAGAAGACGUACGACACGCUGCGCCUGUGGGCCAUUCUGCUGCUGUGCGCGCUGAGGCUGGCCAUGAUGCGCCACCACCUACAGGCCUACCUCAACCUGGCCCAAAAGGGGGUCGAGCAGAUGAAGAAGGAAGCAGGACGUAUCAGCACGGUUGAGCUGCAGAAAAUGGUCGCUCGUGUCUUUUACUACCUGUGUGUGAUAGCCCUUCAGUAUGUUGCACCGCUGGUAAUGCUGCUGCACACAACUUUGCUGCUAAAGACAUUAGGUGGACAUUCCUGGGGCAUUUAUACUGAAGAGAAUGAGGACUGUCAUCUGGGGACAGCAGGACAUGCAGAAGCUCAGGCACCACAAACAGUGGCACAGCUCUCUGUGGCUUUGGGAGGACUGAGGACUGUUUUCACGCCUUUGCUUUUUCGAGGCCUCCUCUCCUUCCUCACCUGGUGGAUUGCUGCCUGUUUAUUCUCCACGUCUCUCUUCGGCCUCUUUUACCACCAGUACCUGAUGGCUGCAUAGCGACAGGCUACCUGUGGGCCAGUGCUAGCAGAGAAGACUGUACAGGCAAAGGCCCAGAAACUCCAUCCCUUUUCACAACCAUAUCUCUCUGACGGGCUUCCUUUAUGGACUUUGAUGUCCUUUUUUUUUUUCUUUUUUUUUUCUUUUUAAAGAAAAGUAUUUUCAGCAUCACAUUCGGUCAACCAUAGCGAACAAUAACAAUAAUAGUAAUAAUAAUGAUUAAUGAUUUGAUUUUCGUGAUGUUGGGAAGAGUGAAUGAAGGAUUGUCUCCUGUACAGGGGGUGUGUAUGUUGAUUUUAACAGUGCAGGACACCCAUGAAUCUCCAGAUGGAUGCAUUUUUAUGGGCCUUUUUUUUUUGUUCGUUUUAAACACACUGAGAAUUUUGGAGUUGUGCAUUGCUUUUUGAGAUACUGUAUUUUUAGAGUUCUAAAUGGAUGAUAGAUGAUAUGCAAAAAAAAAAAAAAAAAAAGCGGGGGUUUAAAAUGUGAUUUUAAGUCAUUUUUCACUUUCGCCUCUGAAACUUGGCUCUGCUGUAGGGAAGGUGGACACCCCCAGAGUUAUACAACUCUAAUAACUAACAAGUGUUGUAUUAAUGGCAAAGAAAAGCACUGGGGCUGUGGAUAGCACCUGGGAGGGGGAUGGGGGGAUUAAUUAAAUGUGAGAGUUGUUUUUAUCUUUAUUGCCAGGCAGGUGCUUAAUAGGCCUUCUUGUUUGAGUUUGUGUAACUGUACAAAGACUGAGCUAAUUUAAUAGUAUGUGUGAGUGUGUGCAUGUGCGUGUGUGAGAACAGACAAGUGUUCGAAUAAAGACAUCAAUGCCUGCAGGCUGCAGCUGACCCCUGCCGCUUGCAGGCAUAAAUCUAAAAAGGGCAUUUUGAACAAGAAAGGAACGAUCUUUGGACACGAUCUAAAGCACUGGCCUCCACUUUGCUCCUGCCUCUCCUUUUAGUUUAACUGGUCAAACGUUUUGCUUUGAAUCUAGGGUCCAGCGUGAUCAAACAGAGCCUGCAAGUGCAGCGCACAUGCUACCAUGUCAUGCGUAUUGAUUUGCUGUCACGGCUCUAGUGUUUGGAUUGAUUUCCGUUUAGCUUUAUAUUAAGGUGCCAAGGAUGCGUGUAAGCUCUAAUCUGUUGCGAGUGUAACUGCUUGUGUCCAUUCUCAGACAGAGAGCCAUGUGGACUGCUGUGAAAUGUAAGUAUUCACACUCAAACGUUCUCCACAGUGUACAAGCAAUGGGGGAACAAACGUCCCGGCUUGUUAACACGAAGAACGUUUGGUGUGUUUUUGUGUAGCGGUAUAGCAGUGCAUGAGUCUGAAUUCUGCAGAUUUUUAUGAAUUUUGGUCAGUAAAAACAUGGGGAUUGCACUACAGCUCAGACAGAUACCGGAUGCACAUAUCAGUUUGAUUUGUAAUUGUGUCUUUUUUAUUAUUAUUAUUAUUAUUAUUAUUAUUAUUAUUACCAUUUUAACUCUUUUAUGAGUUGUAGAAGUCAGUCUUAUCCCCUCUCUCUCUCUCUCUCUCUCUCUCUCUCCAUUUUGCAUUUGGGAGAGUGUGCACAAUAUGAAUGUAUCAGUCUUGCCGUUUUGUUGUACGAUUUUUCACUUUUCAUUCGUUCAUUAUUUUUCCUGGUCCGACUACAGAUUUUCAACUUGGCCAAACCGGUGACAGUUUUGGUCAGUAUUGCUGACAACUCAGUUAUUUAUUUAACAUGCAGUGGUUUAACAUUCAGAAGGCUGUCUGUUCCCUUGGAUAACACGCCUUUGAUUCAGUAUUAAAUCGAGGAAUGGGACAGUAAUGAUGUUCCAAUAAUUAUGAACUUUGGCUGAAAUGUACUUUGCACAAUCAUCAACCAAUCAGUCGGUCAUAUAUCCAGUGUCAUUGGAACGUUUAUGAGCAUUUAAAAGCUCUUUAUCACUUGCAAGCAAGAAACUACUGACUUUGCCAAGUUAUGAAGUUAUCAGAUUCUUACCUUUUUGUCAUUUUCUAGCACUUCUAAUUUCAAACAUGUAGUUUAAGAGUGACCAAGGAAGCAGAAGGAUGCUAUUUAUCAUUACUAAAAACCUCUUUUUCAUCAUAGCUACGUGUCUUUAAACAUGUCAAGCCUAAUGACAAAUAACACAUAAUCUUGGGUUCUUAAUUGGACUGUUUGGAUUUCACAAGACAAAUUUGACAAAUCAUUUGUAAAAUUCCUAUUCUUUUUCUUUCCUUCCUUUUUUUUUCUUUCUUUUCUCCAGUGAGUUCUAGUGGAGAUGAAGCUGGGACACUUCUUAAAAUCCACAAACCAGAAUGGCCUUUUUUUGUCUUAACUGUGUUUUAUGUAUGGCUGUUCUACUGUUUUAUUUAUUAUUUUUUGUUAGUUUGUGUUUAAUAAAUGAAUGUUUAAGGGGAAA